CCAUGUCAUGUCAUCAUCUUUAGAUCUUUAUUGCAGACAUACAAUAAAACAGCUGACAGUGUGCAGCCAUAGUAACGCCACGCCGCUCCUCUCCCUGAAGUGAUGUGAAUGGAAAGUGGAGAGCUGCUCCUCCUCUCUCCAGGUUCGAGGUAUAAAGGGAGUCUCCUCCUGCCGGUGUGAUGGACGAGGAGGAGCCCAGAUUCCAGCAGCCUCUGGCGCCUCCAGUAUCUGCCAGACUGAGCGGACGCGCGGAUGAUGGGAGCGGCUGGGGGGCCGAGAUGAAGAGAUUCACGCUCGGAGGCGGGGCCGCGCGCAAAAGCUCCAGCAAUAACAACGAGCUGUGGCUCCUGCAGGACGAGGACUCCUUUAAGGAACCUCUGGGGACCGCUGACAGCGCCGACUCUGCUUUGUUAUGCCCCGGGGAGGCUGCCGGUGGCCGGGGCGGCUCAGCGUCAGAGCACCACAGAGGGGACACAGUUUCGGAGGCGAGCGUGACAGGAGCGGGGCCCGUCGGGAUGAUAUGCAACAAGAACGGAGACUGUAGAAGGGACCCGACCAGUUCAGGGAGCCUGUCGUCUCUCAUCUCCAGACUGGAGAAGCAGGCGGAUGGAGCCGUAGGGAGUGAGGACGGAAAGGGGCAGGCCGGGGGGAUGGACGCCUCUGUCACUUCCGCGGGGUCCCUAAUUCAGGGGCCGGUCGGGGCUGAGGUCAAGACCAGCGCAGCGACGGAGAAGAAGGACUCCAGAGUUUCCUUCUCCAACGCCCCGACCAGUAAAGGUCAGAUGCCGCCGGGCGCGCAGCCAAGAAACUCUGUCACUUUCACCAAAGCGGAGGACAGCUCUCAGAUAGUUCCGGACGAUGGGGACUCUAGGGGCAACCAGACGUACAUGCAGCGGCAGUUCAGCUCCAUGCUGCAGCCUGGAGUUAACAAAUUCUCCCUGCGCAUGUUCGGGAGCCAGAAGGCGGUGGAGAAGGAGCAGGAGCGCGUAAAGUCUGCUGGGAACUGGAUCAUCCACCCAUACAGCGACUUCAGGUUCUAUUGGGACUUUACCAUGCUGAUGUUCAUGGUCGGCAACCUGAUCAUCAUCCCAGUUGGCAUCACCUUCUUCAAAGACGAGACGACGACACCCUGGAUCAUCUUCAAUGUGGUCUCGGACACCUUCUUCCUCAUGGACCUGGUGCUCAACUUCAGGACGGGCAUCGUGUUCGAAGACAACACCGAGAUCAUCCUGGAUCCCAAGAAGAUCAAGAAGAAGUACCUGAAGAGCUGGUUUAUUGUGGACUUUGUUUCCUCCAUACCUGUGGAUUAUAUCUUCCUCAUAGUGGAGAAGGGCAUCGACUCGGAGGUGUACAAAACGGCCCGGGCGUUGCGCAUCGUUCGGUUCACGAAGAUCCUCAGCCUGCUGCGCCUCCUCAGGUUGUCCAGACUCAUCCGUUACAUCCACCAGUGGGAGGAGAUCUUCCACAUGACCUAUGACCUGGCCAGCGCUGUGAUGAGAAUAUUCAACCUGAUCGGGAUGAUGCUGCUGCUGUGCCACUGGGACGGCUGUCUGCAGUUUCUCGUUCCCAUGCUGCAGGAUUUCCCGUCUGAUUGCUGGGUGUCACUUAACAAGAUGGUGAAUGACUCAUGGAGCGAACUCUACUCCUUCGCCCUCUUCAAGGCCAUGAGCCACAUGCUGUGCAUUGGCUACGGCAGGCAAGCCCCGGAGAGCAUGUCGGACAUCUGGCUGACCAUGCUCAGUAUGAUCGUGGGAGCGACCUGCUACGCCAUGUUUAUUGGCCACGCAACCGCCCUCAUCCAGUCUCUGGAUUCAUCGAGGCGGCAGUACCAGGAAAAGUACAAGCAAGUGGAGCAGUACAUGUCAUUCCACAAACUGCCGGCUGACUUCCGACAGAAAAUCCAUGAUUACUACGAGCACAGAUACCAAGGGAAGAUGUUCGACGAGGAGAGCAUCCUGGAGGAGCUAAAUGAGCCUCUGAGAGAAGAAAUUGUCAACUUCAAUUGCCGUAAGUUGGUGGCCUCCAUGCCGCUGUUUGCCAACGCCGACCCGAACUUUGUGACGGCCAUGCUGACCAAGCUGAGGUUUGAAGUCUUCCAGCCGGGAGACUACAUCAUCAGAGAAGGCACCAUUGGCAAGAAGAUGUACUUCAUUCAGCACGGGGUGGUGAGCGUCCUGACCAAAGGAAGCAUCGGCAUGAAGCUCAUGGACGGCUCCUACUUUGGCGAGAUCUGUCUCCUGACCCGAGGCAGAAGGACAGCCAGUGUUCGAGCUGACACCUACUGCCGCCUGUACUCCCUCUCGGUGGACAAUUUCAAUGAAGUGUUGGAAGAGUAUCCCAUGAUGAGGAGGGCCUUUGAGACAGUUGCCAUCGACCGACUGGACAGGAUAGGCAAGAAGAACUCGAUCCUGAUGCACAAAGUUCAGCAUGAUCUCAACUCUGGUGUUUUCAACAACCAUGAGAAUGAGAUGAUUCAGGAGAUAGUCAAAUAUGAUCGGGAGAUGGUUCAACAAGUGGAUGUACUACGGCCACGGGCAAUGUCCAUGACAUCUCCGCUCCCUGGCGGGAUCUUUUCUUCUCCUGGUUCCUCCACUCAGCCUCGAGACUCGGCAAUCGCCACCCUGCAGCAAGCUGUGGCGAUGAAUUUUUGUAACCCCAUGCAAGGAAACUCAGUGGGAGCAGGGCCCUUGCAGUCUCCUAGGAUGGUGAGGAGAUUCCAGGUGAUGCAGAGUGUACCCAGCCCGGUCUCUGCUUCUCCACUCCAGUCGCAACUCCUUGCCUCCGGUGCCUUUGCUCCAGUCUUGGCCAGUCCCCCUGUUCAGAGUCCACUGGCUGCUGGAGGACGAUCAUUCCAGUAUGGAUCCAGUGCGCUGACUGGCCCGAUAUCAGGCUCCCAACUAUCUCUAGUUCAGCAGCACAUAUCCAGUCCUGCACACCGGGCCAGCAUGCAUAAGAGCACCCAUUCUUUGCACCUGGGAAGCCUGAGCCAAGAUGUCAGGGCCCUGUCAGCAUCUCAGCCCUCACUGCCUCACGAGGGGGUGCAACCAGCUGUCCCCAGUCCACCCCAGUCAAUACAAGUUUCUUCCACUUCUAUUGGACCCCCUCAGUUGCCAAUGGGCCUCUCAAGCAUUCGGAGUGCAGUUCCUCAUAGGGUAGUACUCCCCCACCAGAUGUCAGUGGGGGCCUUCCCUGUAGCAUCUUUGCCUGGUUCUGUGCAUGGUUUUGCAGCAGGGGUGGCAGUGGGUAGCAUGGGGACAGGCCAGGGGGACACGCUGCCACCUAAAAAGGACUCAAUAACGAGCCUUCCAGAGACAGACCACAUCAAGGUGAGAUCUAGGCUAUCCUCAAAUUUGUGAUCUCAAUCAAACUGUUCUCGGGGGAGUGACUGAAUGAGGAACACGAUCACAGGAACAUGUUCCUCUUCUUUUUCCAAGUUUGACUAUCUGAAUGUAUGAAUGUUGAGCGAGUUGGCAGCAUCCAAAAUAUAUGAAUCUAAUGACAUUUGAUUCUACAACACUGAGAUGUUUCUACUCACAGGUGUAGUUGCACAGAUAAGUAAAAGUGAAGUAGCAUAUUUCACGACAUAGCUAACAAUAUAUUCUUCAGUGUCCUCCCAUUCUCCUCAUACCAUAUGAACCUGAGGUCAGAUGGUUUAAAAUUGUUAUUCAGGGAACUGCUUUAGAAAUCAGACGUUGGAACUUAAUUUGUGAUUAUUUACUGUAACUUCGUAACGUGCCAGAGCUUCUUCUUAAACUUUUUUGCUUCAUUGUCCCUUUCAAUAUAUCUUAUCGACUUAUUGGGAAGCACAAAUGACAAAAAAAAGAGACAAUUUUUGACUACCUUACGACAACGGUAAAAGCCAUACUUCAGAUAAAAUAUUAUGAUUGGACUGCUGACAGUAUUAAGAAAACUAUAAUUUUACUGGCAUUUCUUCUAGCAGUGAAAAUGUAACACGCAAAACCCCCAAAAUUCUUAAAAGGAUAGUUUGGUUUUCAGUAGAUGGCGGGCAGAGAAAAUUUUGAUUGAAGAAAUAAUCUUACACAGGAAGAAUUGUUUCUCAGGCUCCAUUCACACCAGAUUGGGACUGGCUUAUGUCCUCCAGACCCUCCAUGACUGUCAGGAGGUUGCUGAGUCAGGCAAAAUAUCAAUUUCAGUAGGCAGGCGAUAAUCCUGCGGUGCCUUUAGUACUCAUCGAUAACUCUCAUCAAAUAUGUGUUUUUGUGUUCUCGCAAACCUACAGCCACAAGUGUCACAUCUUCUCUAAGGAGUUUCUUAUCAGUGCAUAAAUAUUUGACACCAUCAGUUUCAAUCUUACUAUGGUUUUCUGAAUACUUUGUACUGCUGGCAUCCCGUGUGAUAAUGCUAACUGGGUGCAAUGCUGUACAUCUUAAACUCUUCAUGUAACCCCACUAUGAAAGAACCAAACUAUUCAGUUAAGAUCAAGGGGGAUUUUAUAAUCCAUACUGAAACUACAGUGGUGGGAUGAAUGUGAUUUUUUGUGUUUUUCUUUCUUUUUUUUUCAAAAUAAUUGAUUUGUGCUCUAGUUAUCCCCAUGUUUGUUCACUUUAUAGUUUGUAAAUCUAUAGAGGAUGAGCUUUCAACCCUACAUCACUAUGCACCUUUUUGUUUUGUUUUUAAUGGUUCAACAACAUCUUUUCAACCACAUGGAAAUUCCUACUAGCAGCCAAAAAUGUUACAGUAAAUUAUGCAAAGUUCAACAACUGGCUGAUAAUUUUGUUUUUUUUCUUUUAAAUGAAAAAUGAUAUAUAUAAAACUUACUUACUAGCCAUGGUGAGAAAAAGGUUAUUGACAACAAAGAAACAUUCUUAUAUCUGCUGGAUGUAUCCAAGAAGUUAAAGAAACAAAGUUUGCUUUGGGCCUCUGCAGCGACUGAUCAGACUCAAAUGCAUCCCAGGAGGCAGUUCUUAUUGCCCAGACUUGAACUGCGAUUCACUGCCAGUUACAAACUAGAAACUUAUUACAAGUUCAAUUGUAAACUCAGGCCCCUAUCAUUGCAAUGUAAAUUCAUUAUUUUCUAAUACUGAGUUUUCACUUGCCUUUAGUGGCCGUUUAGGCGAUGCAUCUCUAUGCCAAAGUCAAUUCUCGCAAAUAAUGAAUCUCCUGUUACCGCCACCAUUUAGAUAAACAGCCAAGGACAGCACCGAACCUUCGCAGGACGCAUAUUGCAGUGUGCCUCUGUCAUUGAUGCCUCGGCAAGAAAUCAUCGAAUGCCACUGAUUUGUGUCCAAAAGCAUUAGGAAGAAGACCCUUUUCUCCCGGACCCGACAUCCUAUUCACCUCAGCUCACGAUUGGCUGAAUCAUUACAGGGUAAUGAGAGUGGAAAAUGGAAUCCCUCAGGCCUGUUUGGGUCCGUUAUUAUCAUCCUUCAGCUGGAUUUCAUUAUACUGUGCCAAUAAUGAGUUCCUCUCCUAUGAUCAUUUUGCAUUCGCGUCCUGUUUAGUCUGCGCUCUUGCACAGUCAUCCACCUUGGGAGUUUCAAAUUGGACAAAAAAAGUAGAUGGUUUUAAAGUUGUUGUUUUUUAAGAUCUAUUGUGGGUUUUUUUUUGUCUUGUGAUUAAAUUAUGCCCACAGGAACUGAUUUAGGUACUCCAAAGUAAUUAAUACAGGCUUGUUAUGAGAACUGUGCUUAUUUUACACUGUGUCCUGGGAUAGAAGACGCAGUUGGUGACCAAAUUAGUUUUGGACCUAUAACCGAGACAAGAGCAAUGGUGCAGGGGAAAACGGAACUAAAACGGGACUUACCAUGUAACAAUAGUAGUUCAUGUGUACAUUCACUGAGCACCUUUUUGGGCACAUCUGUUCAGUUGCUUUCUUCCACAGAUACGUCAGGCAAAGACUUGGCAGCAUUUCAGUGCAAUUAGGAAUCUAGUUGACUUCAACACAACUUGAGUUCAAACCAAUAACCUGCAAAGGGGACGGAAGAGGGCUUAAAUCUAUUUACUGUAGAUGUUGGUGCCAGAUGGGCCAGAAACUGAUGCUCUACAGGGACUUUCACUCACAACUAUCUUUGGGAUUUCCAGAAAGUUGUGAAAUCCCAAAGUUGUGUAAAAGAAACUCAACUUUCGAGGUUGCAAAUGGUGCGUAUGUUUUCUUGGCACAUUUCGGACAACUUGGUGCCAAUUGAGCAUUGUGGAACACCUGGACCUAUAACCGAGACAAGAGCAAUGGUGCAGAGUAGAGUCACCAACCACCUCUUUUCCAUUAUGGUCACAGUGUAGCCAUCUUCUGUACCAUGUCAUAAAGCUCAAUCCCAGACUCAUUUACUUAGACACUGUUCACUGUGAACAGUAUCUCAAAUGUGAACACAUUUGAGAUAUGGUCGGAUUGGGACAUUUUAACUAAGGAUGUUCAGCCAACAAAUCUGCAGCAACUUUUGAUCUGUCUUUCCAAAAUGUGCCAAGACCUUGGAGAGAUGUUCCUAGGCACCUGGUUGAAUCUAUGCUGCUGAAGAAUUAAGUCAUAUCUGAAGGCAAAACGGUGCCGGAACUAGAACUAGCCUGGUGUACCUAUUAAAGUGGCCAGUGAAUGUACAUUCAGAGAACCAUCACAGAGCUCCAGAUAUUGCAUGUACUUUUUUGACCAAUAAAAACACUAUAAUUUUCAUAAAACCCAUCAGUGUAGAAUUAAACCAAAGCUACAAAUGAUGCAGCUUUUGAACACAAAACUGGCCUGACGCAGAUCAGAUAUCAGAACAUUAAAUGAAUCCAGUCUGUUCCGAUGAAUGUGACAUUUGUGACAAGCAAUAAUGGUCUAAAAGAAGACUUAGUGGUAAACUUAUGCAGAUGAUGCUCAAUUAUACUCUUGAUUUGUCUGUGGAGAUGUAACAUUUUAAACCUUACACCGGUUUUUGAAACUCUACUGAAAAUUUUGUGUUGGUUGUUUCUUUUUGUAAGCCGAUAACUCAGUUUAAACCACCACCCUUACUAUGAAUAACUUGAUUGACAUGGUUAUUUCUAUGUGUAAACAUAGCUUGCAUCAUGUAAACGAGACUAUUUAUUUAUGUAACCUGGUUCACUAUUAUUGUAGACCUAUUAAAAAAGGACAUGUUGAAAUAACUAUUGUCUUACUCUUGACAGAAAGCAUAUUAUGAUCUGGACUGAACUGACAAAUCUUCAAAAUUAAA